AAUCGAUAGUUAAGGCUCAUACCAUCGAUAACUAUCGAUAGUAUUCGAUAGUUUUACAAAAUUAGAUUAUUUCAAUUUUAUACCUAUUAAAUUUGGGUGGACGAAGAAAAACUAAAAUAUAUGAUAUCCCUAUUCAUUAACUACUGAAGUGAAGAUGAAAAAUGAAAACAUGCCAGUUUCUCAUUAGCAUGUCACCCCCGGGCCCCGGGUUAAGCAUAACUCCAGGGUAAAAAUUGCAACUGGACACGUUUACCCAGAAGUUGAAAUCAACCCGGAGGUGACUCGCUGAGAAACCGACCCUAAAAAAUUCCAAUUUCUGAAAUAAUUUCCUUACAAUUUUCAUCAAAAUAAACGAAACGGUGCAGUUCGCACUACCUAUGUGACGCACUCGCUCGCACUACUCGGAUACGAGACUAAAAGCGUUUUCUAUUAGCAGAACCAGUGCAUUUUUCUGUUUCUGUGCUUUUCUUUCACAUGCUGAUUGAAUCAAACACAAACAAAUACACUCACUACGCACUGAGAGCCGCUAUAAGCUACUAUCGAAAACUAUCGAUAGUCGGUAGGGAACAAUCGAUAGCGCUUCGAUAGUUGAUACUAUCGAUAGUGCUCGAUAGUACAAUCGAUAGUUCUCCACCACUACCAUGGCCACCCAUGAUGGUCAUUUGAAAAAAUUUAAAAUCCCAAAAGCAACCAAUAAAGAAAGCCCCAUAAAUCACAAAUAAAAACAAUAAACGAACUAUCGAAUUAAAUAAAAAUUAAAACAACGAGAAACAAAAACAAUUUAGGAAAUUUACUGCUACAUAUAAUAACUUAUUAAUUGAUUUAUGUAUUGAUUGAUGGUCAUCGAUUGGAAGACCAAAAUAGAAUAUUUUAUAGGCUAAAAACCUAAUUUCUGGUAUGUAAAGAAUCUCCGCAGAGAGGUACAUAAUUAUUAUUAUUAGAAAGCAGCUCCCAACAAUAAUUUUGCAAUUCAAAAAUCAAUUAACAAUUUGUUUGGGCUCGAACAGAUAGACAGAGACUAUUAUUUUUGAAGGAGUCCAGCAGGAAAGUGUGUGUUUGCUGCCACCUAGGCAAGCGAGAGAGUCUGGGGAAGGGCGCAAGGCCGAUCCAGCGUCCUGGUUUCCCGAAUCUAUGUCACGGCAACAUCCAGUACGCAGGGCCGGUGCCUGUGGGAGCGACAGGGAGGAUCGGUGUGUGUGUUAAAUAACGUCGAAACGAGCCGAGCGCGCGACCUUCAUGGCUGUCAACGGAGCCAGAGCUUCUAUCCCAACAAUUUCUGGAUUUGUUUCCGAUUUUAUUUAACCUCAUGUAGCUGGUACGGUUUUUUCGAGUGUGCGGGUGUGGUGCGAUAAUACCUUUCUAUAUACUUUUUACGAACAGUCCAGUUUUGUUUGUUUGGUUUGGUGCCUCCUGGAAAAGGUAUACAAGCGCGCCAAGAGGGGGCCAUGUUCACGGGCACGGUACGUGUGAAAAUAUGCGAGGCUCAGGCUUUACGUCCGACCGAUUGUUCCAAACGGCACGCGUUCGGAAAGGCUGAUGAACAGCCUCUGGACCCGUACGUGACGGUCGACGUGGACGACACCCAGUUUGCACAAUCCACAACAAAACAGAAAACGUUCGAUCCUGUCUGGAACGAGUUGUUCGAGCACAGUGUCGAAAAUGCAAAGACACUCACCCUCACUGUUUUUCACGAUGCAGCGAUACCCCCUGAUGUUUUCGUUGCUAAUUGUACUAUCACUUUGGAGGAACUUCUCAACAGGGACAAAGACGAAUCGGAUUUUUGGGUUAACUUAGAGCCCACUGGUCGCCUACGAGUAAAGAUUGACCUAAAAAACACACCAAACGAAUAUGGAGUCAAACCCAGGGAAUUCAAAGAAAGGCAGGGGUUCAACAGGCGCCGCGGCGCCAUGCGUCGAAGAGUCCAUCAAGUCAACGGACACAAAUUUAUGGCCACAUUCUUAAGACAACCGACUUUUUGUUCACUUUGUAGAGAAUUUAUUUGGGGUUUGGGCAAACAAGGCUAUCAGUGUCAAGUCUGCACCUGCGUUGUCCAUAAAAGAUGCCACCACGUUGUGUUAACAAAAUGCCCUGGCAUGAAAGAAGAUGUGGGUGCAACGCCUCAACAAAGUACAGGUUUCAACGUGAACAUACCGCACCGUUUCGUCGUGCACAACUACAAAAGGUUCACGUUUUGCGACCAUUGCGGUUCGCUGCUCUACGGCCUGAUCAGACAAGGCCUACAGUGCGAGGCCUGCUCGCUGAACGUGCACAAACGGUGCCAGAAAAAUGUCGCCAACAAUUGCGGCAUCAAUACGAAACAAAUGGCAGAAAUACUAUCGGCUAUAGGUAAAAAUCCAGAACCCGAACCUGAACCUUUGCCUGUGCUUAGUCCGUGGCUUAGUCCAAUUACUGUAUUUUUGCAUGGUGUAUCACCAGAUAGUAAAACUCCAAUAAGAAGACCGAAAGUGGUACCAGCAUCAGGAAAUGGUGCUCCACUCGAUGGCGGAGGUGACAAUUCUACAGGACCCGUUAACGAAGCUAGUAACGAUGAGAAUUUAUCAAAAAUGAUGGAAGAGAAAAUGCACAAUAUUGAUGAUAAUAGUCAAGAAAAAACAGGAAGCAAAAAUAGCAUCGGUCUGAACGAUUUUCAUUUCAUAAAAGUGUUAGGUAAAGGAAGUUUUGGUAAAGUAAUGUUAGCGGAGAAGAAGGGGACUGAUGAAGUUUACGCCGUAAAAGUCUUGAAAAAGGACGUUAUUAUUCAGGACGACGAUGUUGACUGUACGAUGACUGAAAAACGAAUAUUAACGUUGGCUGCGAAGCAUCCUUUUUUGACGGCGAUUCAUUCUUGUUUCCAAACCAGGGAUCGAUUGUUCUUUGUUAUGGAGUACGUCAACGGUGGAGAUUUGAUGUUUCAGAUUCAGAGGGCGAAGAAAUUUGACGAACCUAGAGCAAGAUUUUAUGCAGCAGAAGUAACACUGGCCCUACAAUUUUUGCACAGAAACGGUGUAGUGUACAGAGAUUUGAAACUUGAUAAUAUCCUCUUGGACGCUGAGGGCCAUUGUAAGUUGGCGGAUUUCGGUAUGUGUAAAGAGGGGAUAUCCAAUGGAGUAACGACCACGACUUUUUGCGGUACGCCGGAUUACAUAGCUCCUGAAAUUUUACAGGAACUCGAAUACGGCGCAAGCGUAGAUUGGUGGGCCCUGGGUGUCCUCAUGUACGAAAUGAUGGCAGGACAGCCUCCGUUCGAAGCUGAUAACGAAGACGACCUCUUCGAAUCGAUAUUACACGAUGACGUUUUGUAUCCCGUGUGGCUGAGCAAGGAAGCUGUGAGUAUUUUAAAAGGCUUCAUGACGAAAAAUCCAAACAGGCGCUUGGGUUGCGUGGUAAAUCAGGGCUGUGAAGCUGCCAUUCUUGUCCAUCCGUUUUUCAAGGAUAUCGAUUGGAAUGCGUUGGAGAAUAGGAAAGUUAAACCGCCGUUUAGGCCGAGAAUUCGUAACAGAAAAGAUGUGGCUAACUUCGAUGCCGAAUUCACAAGGGAGGAUCCAGUUUUGACGCCAGUAAGCAACGAGGUACUACAAUCCAUCAACCAAGAAGAAUUCCGAGGUUUUUCAAUCAUAAACAGAGACUUCAAUCCAUCACGAAUAGUGACUGACUAAAAACGCUAAAGUAAUCUUUACUUGUUUUUGUUUUUAGCAUUAAAACGGGAAUUAGGUGGAUUGUAAAAAAAAAAUAAUGUCCUCCUUUUUAAUGCCCUGAUAUGAUGAUCAACUGGACUGGCAUCGGUUUUUUUUUUUUAAACUUUGGUUGCCUUAUUUUUGAAAUGAAACAACGUGCAAUAUGAUAUGACAAAAAUAUUUGGGCAAGUUGAGAUAUUUUGCUUCUUGACUUGCCCUAUAUUAUAUUAAAAAUACAGUAAGUAUUUACAUUUUGAGUUAAGUUGUUAUGAGAACUAGAGAAUUUCAAAUGAUUACAUAAAGAUGGCAUAUCUACAAAUAUACAAAGAUGAAAAAGAAAAUACGAUUAUAAAAAAAGUUAGAAGUUGGAAAUUAUUUUAUAAAAGUUGAUGAUUGUGAAAGUUUAAAUUUCCAUUUGACUUGUUGGAAUUGUUUGUAAAGGGUAACAGAAUAAUAUUUGUUUAUUUAUGUUAUAUUUUUUUGAUUAUAGAGUUUAUAGAGGCAUUGAACAUGUAGUCUCAUAUAUAAUUAUUUAGUUCACGCAGUGUUUUGAUAUUUGCAAAAAGGAAACUUAUUGAGAAAAAUUUCAUUUUUUUCUUUCAAAUUAUCACUAUAGGAUUAUUAUUACCAUGAAACUAGUUUCCAUUACAAUUUUAAUGAAUCCUGCAGCGAUUUUUAGAAAAAAAAAAACAUGAAAAUGUGUGAGGCUUUAUAUCAUAUAAAGCAAUUUUUUUUUCUUUGUGUGCAAUAUUAAACCUUGAUAAAGGAUAGAGAAAGGUUUAAUGCUAAUAAACUAACAAUUUCUAGUCAUUCACUUGUUUUUGGCCUAUGUAAAUAUUACUAUGUAUAGGUUUUUCUCGAUAUAUGAUAGAUGUUGAGGCCAAAAGUAUUCUUUUCAUUGUGUUGCAAUUUUAUUUAUUUGUAAUAUAAUACAGAGUGGUCCUAAAUUAAUUCAAAUUUUUCAUGCUUUAUAAGGAUUUCUUUUAAUUGGUAUAUUAGGAAACUCUGUAUUUAUUAAGCAUUUAUUAUUUAUUUUUGUAUUAAGUACCAACAGAGUAUUUUUUUAAUUAACAUAAUUUAUUUUUAUUUUAAAUCAAAUUGUAUAUAAUAUAAUAUUUCGUUUGUGAAAUAUGAGGUUGGUUAUUAUUAUUUUUUGUUAGAUAAAAUAUAUAGAAAUAAUAAUAUCAUUAACACAAAAAGUUGUGACCCAAAGUUCACCCAACUUGUAAUACGCACAGAAAAAUUAAUACUAGUUUAACCGAUGUGUGAAAAAUUGUAAAAGUGGUGUUAAUAAUUUAGAAUUUUAUUCACAAACUUUUGUUAUAAACCCAUAGUGGAUGAUUGAAUAUAAUAAUUUUGAUUACAGAUUAUUCAUUCAUGUAUAAGCUUGUUUGGUUUAUAAAACUAACCAAACUAGCCUGAUCUUGGCUAAAUUUACAUACUUACUUAAAAUGCAUAGUUUAGAAAAUCUAAAAUCUAACAUAGACAGAAAGUUCAUAUUAACUAUCCAAUUUAGCCAUAAGAAUUUAUAGACUUCCUACCACAAAUUUAAGAUAUUAUUUGUCAAGUUUACGCAUUAGCUGAAACAUAAAAAAAGAAACGUUCUUCGAAACCAAUGUUUGGAAGCCGGCAAUAUCUUUGAACAUUAAAAAUACUAGAACAAGUACAACGAAACUAAAAAAAAAAAUCAAGUUCCGAUAUUUCUAAAAAAGAAGAUUCAAAUGUCAUUUCUUAUCAUCCACUUAUCACGAGUAGCCAAGAAAUAUUUUUCAAAAAUUUUGUGUUUUUUUUUUUUGUUCAAAUAAUUGUAUUGUGAUAAACUGUUGUGCAAUCUUUAAUAAUUUAAUGUUGUUAAUUUGUGAACAAUUGUGCAUAUAUUUAUCUAUUUAUAUUAUAUAAAAAAGGAAAUCAUAUUAUAUAAAUAAUGCUUAAGAUAGAAUCGUUUUUUUUUUUUUUUUUUAAUUAUUAUUUUUAAAGUCUAAAUUUCGUUAAUUCUGGGGUACUGUAGAUGUAAUUGCCAAUUACGUGGGUUACAUAUUCCCACAAAAAGGAAUUACAUCAAUAAAUUCCCCUGCCUAUAAAUAUUUUUAUGUUAUGCUCCAAGCAUUUUAUGCAUUUGAUGAACCAACCAUUUAAAUGUAGCUAAAUGUUUUUUUAUAGGGAAUUUUAAAAAGUUCUUCUAACGCAUCUACCCUAUAAAUGAUGCUUUACUAAAAAAAGAAAAUGUGUAAAAUAAAUUAAUAAUUGAGAUUAUAAUAUAAAGAAAAUAGAAUAUUAAUUGCCAUUAAAAAAUAGAGAGACACAUUCUAAAAAGAAAAUACGUUUCAAAGAAAUGUAUUAUAUUGUUGAAGAAAAGUAAAUAUUAAAUAAAAUAAAAUUAUGUAAUAUUUAGAUAUUUAUUAAUGUGAGCUUAGUAAUAGGAUAAAAUAAUUGAAAAAAAAAUUAACCUGCUAUGUUAGUAAGUGUUUUAGAUCUCUUUUUAAGUAACUUUUUUUGUAAUAGUCCAUGUAUCUUAAAGAAUUUUAUUUAGAUGAAGAGGAUUGCAUUGCAAUGCAAUUGCAGUGCAAUUCCUUUCUGAUGGAUCCUGAAUUAAAAAAAAAAAAAUGAUAUUCCACAAAAAAAAAAACACGCUAAUUUAUUCAUUAGUGCAGAAUGUCUUUCAUAAUUAAAUUUGUUUUUUUCUAAAUAAGUAAGAGAGCUUAAAAGUCUUAAAACUUAAAUAAUGAGCGGCACUUUUGGUUAAAUAAAUUUUCUCGUCUCAUUUGAGAUUUAUAGACUUAUAUAAUGCAAGGUUUCCUCGAAGAAAAAAUUAAAUUAAGGAUCAGAUAUGAUACAAACAUUAUUUAGUUAACAAAAAAUUUGCUUUUGCUGAUCCUAUUAAACUAUUAACAAAAAAGAUUUAUUAAAAACACAUUAUAAAAAAAGAAAAAAAAAAUAGUGAAAAGCUUUUAGGACUUUUCGUAUGUUGUUUGUUUUUAUAUAAAUUAAUAUAAAUACGAUAUAAAUUAAUUUGAAAAAAAAGUAGCUUUGACCUAGGAUGUAUAGUAAAACAAAACAAACAAAAAAAAAAUAGAAGGGCAAGUUCCAUUGCCGGAAAAAAAAAACACGGAAAGUUAUAUUAAGCCAAAUAAUGUAUUUCCAAAAACUCUAUUGAA